AUGAGCGAGUGGAUCGGGACCCAGGCUGGGAGUCAUGAAUUUGUCACUCAGAAGAAUAAAGAGUUCUGUGCAGAUCCAGAGGCGAGCUGGGUGAAGGAAGCAGUCCGACAGCUAAACCAAGCAAGUGCCCCUCUGAAUCCGCCACUUUCAAGCACCGUCACUUCUGCAGUUGUGGAAGAAGGGGCAGGCGUUUUUCACAGAUUCGUUGGCGAUGCUGUCUCUACACCAACACAGCCCAGUGUUCCGGCCAAUCCCAUUCACGGGGCUGGCACACCAGGUUCACAAGCAGUACAUGUUUCUGUUGUGAGGACGGAGGAGCCCAACGUAUCCAUAUUGACUGUGCAAGUGGCCAAGAGGUCUUCUACAAAAUCCUCCUCUGCAUUACAAGAGACUGUUACUCCAUCUACUAUCCACCCUGAGCCUGUUGCCAAUGGCAGCGAAGUUUCCAUAAGAUCUAUUACCACGCCAGCAGCUGACAGCACUUCCAGCAGAUUUCAUUCAGUUCCCACCCCUGUCAUGAAAAGCUCUGAGAGUUUCGUAGAAUCUAGAAACAAGUCCACAGGAUCUAUCAGUCCAACAACUGAUAUACCUGGCACAGCUCCCAGCAGAUUUAAUUCAGAUCCCACCCCUGUCAUCAAAGGGUUUGAGAGUCCCAUACGACCUACAUACAAUUCUGUAGGCUCUACUAGAAAUCAAACAGCUGAUGGACUUGCCAGUGCUCCCAGUAGACUUAUUUCAGAUGCUCCAUCCAUUGUAAAUGGCCCUGCGAUUGCCAAGUUAUCACCUAUGUUCCUGACAACACCUUCUCUUCUAGAAUCUGUUCCCAGCAAGCCUGUUAUAGGCCUUGCAUCUAUGGGGCAAGUGAUUGAGAACUCUACCAUGAAACCCACAGCUGUUCUAAAAGGAAGUGUUGCCACCCAGGGAUCCACUCCACACCCCACAUCUCCUGGAGGAAAAAGUAGUUCUGUCAGUCCCAACGGCGGUGAUAAAAGAGAUUCUGUUAGUGACUCUACGGCUGAUGCUCACACAGGUAGCUACUUAUCUCCUUUAGGAAAAAAAGAUCCUCCUCGCUCUUUUCCUGAAUCCAUUUCACCUACAGAAAUGUCAGUCCUUUCCUUCAAAAGCUUCAUGAAACCCACAGCUGUUCUAAAAGGAAGUGAUGCCACCCAGGGAUCCACUCCACACCCCACAUCUCCUGGAGGACAAAGUAGUUCUGUCAGUCCCAACGGCGGUGAUGAAAGAGAUGCUGUUAGUGACUCUACGGCUGAUGUUCGCACAGGUAGCUACUUAUCUCCUUUAGGAAAGAAAGAUCCUCCUCGCUCUUUUCCUGAAUCCGUUUCACCUACAGAAACGUCAAUCCUUUCCUUCAAAAGCUUCCCACUUCAGAACAGAGCACAGGGGCCUUCAGAUGGUCCCUUGGUGGCCAGCAUUUUGCCUGCAUCCCGAACCCACAUCCUCAGACUUGCUUUGCUGGCGAGCGUUCUGGGUAUUUGCAGUGCCGCCGUAUGGAUGUAUAUGUAUGUAAAGGCCAAAGGCUGCCCUGGAGACUCAGCUAAAGAAAUGGUACAAGGCUUGCUCUUUAAUCAGCAGGGCUCUCGAACUAAUGAAUACGCUAUGGAAGUCAUCUGAAUCCUUCAUGGCACGGACUUGGGUUCCUACCGCUAGUAGCUGGACUCUAGGACAUUACUCUAACUGGGAGCAGGGAGGCUAAACCUGGCACUAAUCAGAUUUAUACUGGACUAAGCCAAAAAACAGUGCAAGGCAAAUGGGCCAAGGACACUAAGGAAACUCACAGCUUCUGAGUGGAAUGCCAAAAAACACCCAGGGAGCCAAGGGUGACGUUUUAGGAAUGAGUUACUUGUCUUUUAUCUUGCAUCAUUAUAUGCAAAGGUAACAGCAGUUAUAGAGCAGCUUAGCUGCUGGUUGCCAGUCGGUGCCAAAGGCAUGUUUUUGAACGGGUAUUGGAAUAGUUCCAUUCUGGCACUAUCCAGCUAAAAACCCAACCAAGCUGCUCUCAAGCCGAAUGUUACACCACCUCGAUCCUCUCCCUGCCUGAAGCGUGUGGUCCCAAACUUUGCAUUUGUUACCCCUCUGCUGCUUCACUCCCUGCACUUUGGGUCCCCAUGUGGUGCCAUUCUGUUCCGAUUCUGUUUGAGUGAUACCAGAGUUGUCACUCAACUGGUUGCUGGUUGGUCCAGGCUUCAAGGGCCAACCAUGCCACUAACUGUUACCAGACCUGACCACUUUGAGUCCAGUUUUCCAAUGUGGCUGCCUAAAGUUAGGCCUCUAGUUAGGCAGCUAAACCCCCACCUUAGGCAACUAAGAAUCAGCACUUAGUAGGGUGACCAGAUGUCCCGAUUUUACAGGGACAGUCCCAAUAUUUGGGACUUUAUCUUAUAUAGGUGCCUAUACCCCCGUCCCGAUUUUUCACACUUGCUGUCUGGUCACUCUAGCACUUAGUGACCUAAUUUUCACAGAAUGUUGAGCACCUGCAACUUGACACCUGUAAAAAAUCAGACCAUGGUUGGCUAAAACAAGAAUUAAGGUGUUUAACUAUGGAUUCAGGGGACUAACUUUAAUCACCCACAUUGAAAAACUGGACUCAUUGCUAAUCAAAUCUCUCCUCCAGCUGUGGUCCCUGGACCUAACCAGUUCCUAGCACAGAUGUGAUGUUACAGAACAAAGACAUACUGUUGUAUAUAUAAAAAAGAGCCAUUGUGAUACCUGGAAACAGAAGAAGCCACCAGACACCAAACAUCUAGUGAUUUUUCUUUUCACGUGGAACCAACAUGGAGUCUGAUUGGUGAGCCGUUCUGUUUGACAGUUACAAAAGACAAUGAAUGGGUAGUUUACUUUCAGAGCACUGAGUAACUACCAGUAAUACAUUUAGACUUAGGAGGAUAGAAACUACUCUGCUGGAACAGACCAACGGUCCAUCUAGUCUAGUAUUUUGUCUCUGGCAGUGGUCAACACUGGCUGAUUCAGAGGAAGGUGUAACACUCCUACACCUCUGUAUCUAUCUGUCCAUACAAUCAUAGAAUGUCAGGGUUGGAAGGGACCUCAGGAGGUCAUCUAGUCCAACCCCCUGCUCAA